AUGCACAAGCUCUACAUUGGGAAUCUAGGCGACAGCGUGACUGCCGAGGACUUAGGAAAAACCUUUGACGACCACAAGAUCCCGUACUCCGGACAGUUUCUCAUGAAAAGCGGCUACGCGUUUGUGGAUUGUCCGGACGAUCAGUGGGCCAUGAAGGCUAUCGAGACGUUUUCUGGUAAAGUGGAACUUCACGGGAAGUGUAUCGAGGUGGAGCACUCUGUCCCCAAGAAGCAAAGGACCAGGAAGCUGCAGAUCAGAAAUAUUCCCCCUCACCUGCAGUGGGAGGUGCUGGAUGGUCUGUUGGCCCAGUGUGGAACCGUAGAAAACUGUGAACAAGUGAACACAGACAGUGAGACUGCAGUGGUAAAUGUCACAUAUGCAUCGCGGGAGCACGCCAGGCAAGCCAUCCAGAAGCUGAAUGGAUACCAGUUUGAGAACAAUGCCUUGCGCGUCUCCUACAUCCCUGAUGAGACCUCUGAGCUGGAAGGAGGCCAGCGGGGGACCGAUAAUGGCCGACGUGGUUACGGGCCCCGAGGCGGGCCUCGAAGUGGGUCCCCAAGCUCUGGGAUGCCCACCAAACCUGUGCACGCAGACAUCCCUCUGAGACUACUGGUACCCACACAGUACGUUGGAGCCAUCAUUGGCAAGGAGGGAGCCACCAUCCGUAACAUCACCAAGCAGACGCAGAGCAAGAUUGAUGUGCACCGUAAGGAGAACGCAGGUGCAGCAGAGAAGCCAAUCAGCAUCCACUCAACCCCCGAGGGCUGCUCAGCUGCCUGCCGCAUGAUCCUAGACAUCAUGCACCAAGAGGCUAAAGACACCAAGACUGCUGAGGAGGUUCCUCUAAAGAUUCUCGCUCACAACAACUUUGUUGGACGCCUGAUUGGGAAGGAAGGACGCAAUCUGAAAAAAGUCGAACAGGACACAGACACCAAGAUCACCAUCUCCCCUCUUCAGGACCUGACCGUGUACAAUCCAGAGAGAACCAUCACAGUCAAAGGCAGCAUCGAAGCCUGCUGUAACGCUGAAGUGGAGGUCACCAAGAAGAUCAGGGAGGCCUACGAGAACGAUAUUGCUGCUAUGAAUCAACAGACCCAUCUGAUCCCGGGGCUCAACCUUGGUGCUUUAGGCCUCUUCCCCGGCUCCUCCAAUAUGCCCCCACCCCCACCUGGAAACGCAUCGGGUGGUGUCCCCUAUGGAUGCUUUGGGACUCCGGAGCAGGAGACAGUCCAUGUGUACAUCCCAGCACAGGCUGUGGGAGCCAUCAUUGGGAAGAAAGGCCAGCACAUCAAACAGCUGAGCCGCUUCGCUGGAGCCUCUAUUAAGAUUGCCCCGGCUGAAACUCCAGACUCAAAGAUGAGGCAGGUGAUCGUGACAGGACCCCCGGAGGCUCAGUUUAAGGCUCAGGGCAGAAUCUACGGCAAACUGAAGGAGGAGAAUUUCUUUGGGCCAAAGGAGGAGGUUAAACUGGAGACUCACAUUAAGAUGGCUGCUGCUGCCGCAGGAAGGGUCAUUGGCAAAGGAGGCAAGACGGUGAAUGAGCUGCAGAACCUAACAGCAGCAGAGGUGGUGGUCCCCCGGGAACAGACACCAGAUGAAAACGACCAGGUCAUCGUCAAGAUCAACGGACACUUUUACGCCAGCCAGCUGGCUCAGAGGAAGAUCCGGGACAUCCUGACCCAGGUCAGACAGCCACAGAAAGGCGGGAUGUGCAUGGGUCCCGGCCCUAACCCCCAGGGCUUCACAGAGAUGGGCAGCCCUACACAGAGUGUGACCCAGGACCACCAGCCACGUAGGAAGUGA